GGUCGCCACCGUGACGCGUUUUACUUCCGGGUGAGCGCCAGUAGGCGCCAUAUUGUCUUGUUCGUGAAGACGAGGAGCGAAAGAAGGGAGAACGCGGCCGCCGGGCGGUAGCAGCGGCGGUGCCGGCGGCGGGAGGCAGGGGAGCGUUUGAAAUAUAGACUAUAUAAAGACUUAAAAGAUGUGGGAUCAAGGUGGACAACCUUGGCAGCAAUGGCCUUUGAACCAACAGCAGUGGAUGCAGUCAUUUCAGCACCAGCAAGAUCCAAGCCAGAUUGACUGGGCUGCAUUAGCUCAAGCAUGGAUUGCUCAGCGAGAAGCCUCAGGGCAACAGAGUGUAGUGGAACAACAAGGAAUGAUGCCAAACGGACAGGAUAUUUCAGGGAUAGAGUCUGGUCCAAACAACCAUAAUAAUUUUCAGGGGGAUCCCAACUUCAACAGAAUGUGGCAAACAGAAUGGGGAAUGCCUCACCAACCCCCUCACCCACCUCCAGAUCAGCAGUGGAUGGCUCCAAGCACAGGUCAAAUGGAAAUUGUUCCUCCAUCGGAAGACAGCAACAGUCAGGACAGUGGGGAAUUUGCUCCUGACAACAGGCAUAUAUUUAACCAGAACAAUCACAACUUUGGGGGACCUCCCGAUAACUUUGCAAUGGGGCCAGUGAACCAGUUUGACUAUCAGCAUGGGGCUGCUUUUGGUCCACCUCAAGGUGGAUUUCAUCCACCUUAUUGGCAGCCAGGACCACCAGGGCCGCCAGGUCCACCAGCACCUCCUGCACCUCCUCAAAAUCGAAGGGAAAGACCCUCAUUCAGAGACCGACAACGUUCACCUAUUGCGAUGCCUGUGAAGCAGGAGCCUCCGCAGAUUGAUGCUGUGAAGCGUAGAACUCUGCCUGCUUGGAUUCGUGAGGGCCUUGAAAAGAUGGAACGAGAAAAACAGAAAAAAUUGGAAAAAGAGAGGAUGGAGCAGCAACGCUCACAGAUGUCUAAAAAAGACAAAAAGGAAAACGAGGAGGCUGAAGAAGUGGAUGGUCCACGGUUACCUCAAAAAAGCAAAUUUGACAGUGAUGAGGACGAUGAAGAUGCUGAAAACACAGAAGCUGUAAGCGUUGGGAAAAUCAGCAGGAGUCCAUCCCCGGCUCCUCAAGAGGAGCAAAGUGAACCAGAAAUGACAGAAGAAGAAAAGGAAUAUCAAAUGAUGAUGCUGACAAAAAUGCUGCUGACAGAGAUUCUCUUAGAUGUCACAAAUGAAGAAAUUUAUUAUGUGGCCAAAGAUGUUCACCGUAAAGCAACUAAAGCUCCUGCAAAACAGCUGGCACAGUCCAGUGCACUGGCUUCCCUCACUGGACUCGGUGGACUGGGUGGUUAUGGAUCAGGAGACAGUGAAGAUGAGAGGAGUGACAGAGGCUCUGAAUCAUCUGAUACUGAUGAUGAGGAAUUACGACACAGAAUCAGGCAAAAACAGGAAGCAUUUUGGAGAAAAGAGAGAGAACAGCAACUACUACUAGAAAAACAGCUAGAAGAAGAAAAGCUACAAAAUGAAAAAAUCUCAAAGGAGAUGAAUGAAUUUAUCAACAAAGAACAAAACAGUAACUUGGCAUCACAGGAGGCAAAAGAGCUUGAAGCAGACAUGGUUCAUGAAAAGAAAAGAUCUCCAAACGCAAUCGCACCUGAUCUAGAACUCAAAAAAGAGGGUAAAGAAAGGACAGGAAGGAGUGGGUCAAGAAGCUCUAGUAGCGGUAGCACUAGCAGCAAUAGCAGGAGCAGCAGCAGUAGCAGCAGCGUAUCCAGUUCAUCCUAUAGCACUAGCUCAGGUAGUAGUCGCAGCUCUUCGCCUUCUUCCUCUCCUAAAAGGAAGAAGAGGCACAGUCGCAGUAGGACGCCUUCACAUAAAGUUAGGCGCAGCAGAAGCAGGAGUUACUCCCACAGAAACAGGAGAGAGAGGAGUAGGAGCAGGGAGAAAAUAAGGGAAAGGAGAAGGUCUAGUAGAAAUCGCAGCGCUGAAAGAGGGGAGAGGCGAAGAAAUCGGAGUCCUUCUCGAGAGAGAAGCUGGGAUAGACGUAGAAGUAGCAGCCGCUCAAGAGACAGGCGAGCCAACCGUGCGAGCCGCAGCAGAAGCAGGGACAGACGUAAAACUGAAGACCAGCGUAGAAGCCCUGCUGGAAAUAGGCACAAACAUAAAAGUGAGGGUAAAGAUCAAGAAAGGAAGAAGGAGCAGAGCGGAGGUGUAGACAAAGACAGAAAAAAGAACAGAGAAAGGGAGAGAGAUCAGGAAAAAAGAAAAGAUAAGCCGAAAAAAGAGGAAAAAGAAAGUAAGGCUGGCAAUCAUGACGACAGUAGAUUAAAGAGAAAAAGAGACAGCGAAAGAACUUUCUCUCGCGGUGAUUCAAUAUGUGUGAAAAUAAUCAGACAGGAUUCCAGACAAGAAAGCAAAAAAAUUUCUACCAAAGAUAGCAAAAAACGGUCAGGCUCCGAAUCUAGUGCGAGGAGUAGUUCUGAAUCACCAGGAAGCAGUAAAGAAAAGAAGGCUAAGAAAUCGAAGCAUAUUCGGUCAUGCUCCAUGGAGAAAUCUCAAAGGUCUGGUAAGAAGGCAAGCCGCAAACACAAGUCUAAGUCACGAUCAAGAUCAACAACUCCUCUUCGUCGUAAACGCUGAGGAAUUUAUGGCACCAGUGCUAUGACGUUUAAAAAUUCCAUGAGUUAUAAAAGGCUUGUCUCAUUAUAGAGGCACAUUGUGGCUAUGUAGGUGAAACCAGAAUCCUUUUUUUAUCUGUAAAUAGGUGUAUUUUUUCCAAAUGCUGCUCAGAAUUAAAUACCUAAUAGGAUUUCUUUGUAUUACAUUUUUUCAAGAACGGUAGUGCUUAUUAAGAAUAUAAAACAUGCCAUUCUCUUUCAGCUGUAAUGUUCUUAAAAUUACUAUUGAAUGUACUGUGAUGUCAAUAAAGCUCUUUAGUUCAUUUUUUGUUUAAAAUUCUUGCACCCGAAUUUUGUGUUAAAUUGUAGAAAGUACCUUUUUUUAAAAAAAAAAAAAAAAAAGAAAAGAAAAAGGCAGCUUUUUUGGUAUAACAAAUUUUUAAAGUACUUGAAAAAGAUUUUAGUGUAAAACACUUGUCAAAGUAUGUAAUCCGUGGACCUGACGAGAUUUAUCUCGGGGGGGUGUGGGGCGUGGAAGAACAAAGAAAAGACAUCAUACUUUUGAUAUGUGUAAUAGAUUUUUAAUAUCCUUUUGAUUUGGACUAGCAAGUAAUAUAUGCUGUGUGUGUAAAAUAUGGGUCACUGUAAUGCAAGCUGUACUUAAACAGACUGAACCCCAUUAGGAAUAUGUGCGACUUAACUGAUCUUGUGUGACGGUGUUAAGCUCUGGAACUAUAUUCCUCACCCAGUUUUCAGAGAGAACUUUCUGGACGUUCAGGGAUAUUACAGGAACAAGACUCAGUAUUUUAGAUGUUUUUUUUAUGGAAUAUAUUUAUAAACGGCACUCAGUACACAUUAGAAAACCAGUAACAGGUUAACUUCACACUUUGGCACAGGCAUUAAACGUGUAGUAAACAUUAAAGCUGGUUAUUUUUGUUAGUGUUAUGAGAAUUGUGGUUCCUGCAAAGCUAAAACAUUGAUAAGACAGCAACGUAAUUAAGUUUUUUUUUUUUUAAUAUCACCAUAAAGUGAAAGAGGUCACUGCGAUUACCUCCUCCUUCAGGAAACGGACUCAGACUAUUGCUGGUAGUAAUAAGAGUGUGAAAUAAUACUAGUUAAAAAAACCCACAACAAUAGGCCAGUGACUGUUACAGAGGAACAUUAAUUCAGGAAGAGACUGGUGAUCUGUGCCUGGAAGGUCUGGUACGAUACCAAUUGUGAAAAAGAUAAAAGGCUUAACAUCAAAGUAAGAUCUCUUUGGCUGUAUCUUCGAAGAGAAAAAAUUUACUAGUACAGGCAACUUGCAAAGCAUGUCUUCAUGAACGGAUUAAUCCAUUUACUAAAAUUAGAAUUCAGCUAUGUAGCAUUUUUGCCAGUGUAAUUUUUUUUCUGUAAAUUAAAUGCAGAAGUAAACUGCCUCAGUGCAAAGAAUCACAUUUUAACUAUACAUUUAUUAAGCAAGCUAACGGCUGGUGAGUACGUGCAUGUUUAUCAAAACACCGUUACAGGGAAAUAAUUAGUUAACCAGUUAUAAAUAACAUACCGCCCCAAUUAAGUCCGUUUACAGAGAGUAAGCAGUCAUACUUAUUAGCAAAAUAAGGCAUAAUUUGCAAUGCGCUAAUUUUACUUGCAUUGGUAUGGAUAUAAAUAACAAUGUAUUGAUCCAAUCUUGGUACACUAUUGGCUCUUGGUAAAAGUGAGGAUUUUUGGAAGAAUAGGUAGCGUAACACUUCAGAUGCCUUAGAAGGAUAUUGUGAGAGAGAAAGAAAGAAACUAGAAUUAAGUUUAAGAAAAGCUAUUGAGGAAUACAGUUUCUAUGAUGCAUUGAAUUUGAUUUUCAGUUCAGAUUUUAUAUUCUCUGUCUAAUAAUAAAAAAAAGAUUGUGUAUGAAAAGCUUUAUAUACUCUGCCAACAACUGGAAUUCUGUCACUUCCUGUACAUAUGAAAAUUAUUUUUUUGACACAAAUGCACUUAUAUGGGUAGUGACUGUAUGCCAAUAAAAAGAGCAUACGAUCUCUGUA